AUGGCCGGACGCCCAGAGUCUUUAGACUCCAACGUCUAUUGUAUAGCUGAUCUCAUUGAGUUCUGCAACAAGAAAGUGUCUCGAACAACGAGCGAGUACAUCGCAGGGGGUGCAAUGGACAUGAUCACAGUGGCGGAGAAUUGCGCCUCAUUCGAUCGAUAUCGGUUGGUUCCUCGAGUUAUGAAAGACGUUCGACACGUCGACCCAUCAUCAAAGUGCUGGGGAAGCCAGACCUCCAUGCCUCUUGGUUUCUCCCCCACAGGUCUGCAUGGCGUUGCCCACCCUCAUCGGGAGCUGGGGGUUUCGAGAGCUGCUGCCAAAGUCGGAGUUCCCAUGUGUCUAUCCAGCUGGGCAAAUUCGUCCAUAGAGGACGUCGUCACGCAGGGAGAUGGGUCGGGGAUACCUUAUGCAAUGCAACUGAGUGUUGUUGAAGACCCUGAUGCCAAUCUUUAUACUAUUCGGAAAGCCGAGGCCGCUGGAGCCAAAGCAUUAUGGAUCACAUGUGAUCUGCCCAUCCUGGGAAGAAGACUGAACGAAUACAAGAACCAAUUCAGCAUCCCCGAAGGCCUGACCGUGCCCAAUCUGCCUCCGGAUGUCGAUUUCCGUGCUUCGUCCCAAGAUUCUCGAAUGGGCUACGAUCGAGGCAUGACAUGGGAAAAGGUGAACUGGUUCAAGAGCCAUACAAGAAUGCAAGUCUGGCUCAAAGGAAUCAUGCACCCAGAAGACGCACUGUUAGCGAUCGACGCCGGUGCCGAUGGGAUCAUCGUAUCAAACCAUGGCGGUCGUCAGCUCGACGGGAUUCCGUCCACGUUGGAAGCUCUGCCUGGAGUGGUGAGAGCGGUCAAUGGACGAGUGCCUGUCCAUUUCGAUGGAGGCAUCCGUCGUGGCACUGACAUUUUCAAAGCCCUUGCGCUCGGUGCAGACUUCUGCUUUGUUGGCAGGAUAGCCCUUUGGGGACUAGGUUAUAACGGGGAGGACGGGGUCCGGUUGGCGUUACAACUUCUCUACGACGAGUUUCUGGCCACGAUGACCAUGGUCGGCGUCAAUUCAGUCGAGGAGAUCGGACCUCAGCAUGUGGCUAGGGUCUUGUCGGACGGGUCUUUGAUCAGUUUGGCCGACAAGUCACGACCGGUUUCCAAGUUAUAG